GCCCCAGCCGGAGCGGGGCGGGGGAGGGAGGAGCCAGAGCGGCCGCCGCCUCUGCCGGAGGAGCCGCGGGGCCGCCACACUCGCCCCCCGCCCCCCCGCGCUCACUCGCACUCACACCCCGGCGCUGGAGGCGGGCGGCCCGGGCCCCACCGGCCCCCCAUGGACGCCCCCGGCACGGGGCGCUGAGACCCCCGCGUCGUUGCCCAACUCGGUUCAGCGCGCCAAGCCAAGAUCUCUCCCAACAGGACAAGCCUCUGAAGACCUCCCAGCCCCUAGCCCAGUACCAUUCACCAACCCAGCUUGCCCCUAGCUCUCCCACCUGCCACUCCCUGGCCCCUCCCACCACCCGCCCUCACCCCUUUGGGGCGCAGGGCAUGGUGUGAAAGGCUGAGUACUGAGACGGGUACCAUGGGUGCUGUGCCCUAGGGCCUGGGUGGUGGGGGGCGGGUGGCCUGUGGGCGUGGGGGGGGGGCAGUGUGCCCACCCCAGUCUCUUGGCGUGCUGGAGGGCAUCCUGGAUGGAAUUGAAGUGAAUGGAACAGAAGCCAAGCAAGGUGGAGUGUGGGUCGGACCCAGAGGAGAACAGUGCCAGGUCACCAGAUGGAAAGCGAAAAAGAAAGAACGGCCAAUGUUCCCUGAAAACCAGCAUGUCAGGGUAUAUCCCUAGUUACCUGGACAAAGACGAGCAGUGUGUCGUGUGUGGGGACAAGGCAACCGGUUAUCACUACCGCUGUAUCACUUGUGAGGGCUGCAAGGGCUUCUUUCGCCGCACAAUCCAGAAGAACCUCCACCCUACCUAUUCCUGCAAAUAUGACAGUUGCUGCGUCAUCGACAAGAUCACCCGGAACCAGUGCCAGCUGUGUCGCUUCAAGAAGUGCAUUGCCGUGGGCAUGGCCAUGGACUUGGUUCUAGACGAUUCGAAGCGGGUGGCCAAACGCAAGCUCAUCGAGCAGAACCGGGAGCGGAGGCGAAAGGAAGAGAUGAUCCGAUCACUACAGCAGCGACCGGAGCCCACUCCUGAAGAGUGGGAUCUGAUCCACGUUGCCACGGAGGCCCACCGCAGCACCAAUGCCCAGGGCAGCCAUUGGAAGCAGAGGCGAAAAUUCCUGCCGGAUGACAUUGGCCAGUCACCCAUUGUCUCCAUGCCGGAUGGAGACAAGGUAGACCUAGAGGCCUUCAGCGAGUUUACCAAGAUCAUCACCCCGGCCAUCACCCGUGUGGUGGACUUUGCCAAAAAACUGCCCAUGUUCUCCGAGCUGCCUUGCGAAGACCAGAUCAUCCUCCUGAAGGGGUGCUGCAUGGAGAUCAUGUCCCUGCGGGCAGCUGUCCGCUAUGACCCUGAGAGCGAUACCCUGACGCUGAGCGGGGAGAUGGCGGUUAAGCGGGAGCAGCUCAAGAAUGGCGGCCUGGGUGUAGUCUCUGACGCCAUCUUUGAACUGGGCAAGUCACUCUCUGCCUUUAACCUGGACGACACGGAAGUGGCCCUGCUUCAGGCUGUAUUGCUAAUGUCAACAGACCGUUCCGGCCUGCUGUGUGUGGACAAGAUUGAGAAGAGUCAGGAGGCGUACCUGCUGGCCUUUGAGCACUACGUCAACCACCGCAAACACAACAUUCCACACUUCUGGCCCAAGCUGCUGAUGAAGGUGACUGACCUCCGCAUGAUCGGGGCCUGCCACGCCAGCCGCUUCCUCCACAUGAAAGUCGAGUGCCCCACCGAACUCUUUCCCCCUCUCUUCCUGGAGGUCUUUGAGGAUCAGGAAGUCUAAAGCCUCAGGCGGCCAGAGGGUGUGCGGAGCUGGUGGGGAGGAGCCUGGAGAGAAGGGACAGAGCUGGGGGCUGAGGGAGAACCCCCCACCUCUUCUCUCCUUCCUCCCAUCCUUGGAUAGAUGCAGCUCCCAUAUACUCCUGCACUGCCCAGUCCCCCUCAGACCCUCCAGCCCUCACACAGGGCAACAAAUGAACUUGCUAUGAAAGACAGUAUGGGAGGCUGGGACCCAAGUCCUAGAGUUCCCGGGACCCCCCGACCUCUAAGAAAGUGAGGAAGAAUUAAGAGGGGCAAGCCAUCCUGACUGUAGGGUCAGGAAGAAUGAGGGACGGGGCAGAUGCCCUCACUCACCCCUAUCCACACAGGAGAGCCCUGCCAAGUUCCUUGGCCUAGAUUCCCCUUCAGGCCACAGGUCUCUACUUCCCCAAAAAUCUGGGUCCUGGCUGUAAAGGACAGCUUGGCUUGGCUCGGCUCCUCCCCUGGAGGCUAAAAAUGGUAGUCAUCCUAACUGCACUUUGGAAAGCAAGUAAGGGGAGACUAUAAAUGAAGAAAAACCUAGACAGACAAAAAAA